ACAAAUGCUAAGGACUGACUUUCAGACAAGAUAAUCUUCUGGCAGAAAACUUCCCUACAGCAAUGGAAAGCGAUGAAGAGAUUCCACCACAUAUCGAUAAGUACCUGUACGCCAUGCGUUUCUCUGAUGAAACACUACUGGAUGUCAUGGCUCGCUUCAGAAGAGAACUGGAAAAUGGCCUGACCAGGGACACUAACCCCACAGCUUCUGUGAAGAUGCUGCCAACCUUUGUGAGGUCCAUACCUGAUGGAUCAGAAAAGGGAGACUUUAUAGCUUUGGAUCUGGGAGGAUCUAACUUUCGGAUUUUGCGCGUGAAGGUCUCUCACGAGAAGAGACAGACAGUCCAGAUGGAAAGCCAGAUUUACGACACGCCCGAAGACAUCAUGCAUGGCAGUGGGACACGGCUGUUUGACCAUGUUGCUGAAUGCCUGGGAGAUUUUAUGGAAAAACAAAAAAUCAAAGACAAGAAGCUUCCUGUGGGAUUCACCUUUUCCUUCCCCUGUGCACAAACCAAGCUGGACGAGGGUGUUUUGCUCACAUGGACCAAGCGUUUCAAGGCAAGUGGUGUGGAGGGAAUGGAUGUGGUGAAACUACUGAACAAGGCCAUUAAGAAGCGAGGGGAUUAUGAUGCUGACAUUAUGGCUGUGGUCAAUGACACAGUUGGAACUAUGAUGACCUGUGGAUUUGAUGACCAGCGAUGUGAAGUUGGGAUCAUUAUAGGCACUGGCACCAAUGCGUGCUACAUGGAGGAGAUGAGGCACAUUGACCUGGUGGAAGGGGACGAGGGCCGGAUGUGCAUCAACACUGAAUGGGGAGCGUUUGGGGAUGACGGCUCACUUGAGGACCUCCGAACAGAGUUUGACAGAGAGAUUGAUAGAGGAUCCCUCAAUCCAGGAAAACAACUGUUUGAAAAGAUGGUCAGUGGGAUGUACAUGGGUGAGCUUGUGCGCCUCAUCCUUGUGAAAAUGGCCAAAGAAGGGCUCCUCUUUGAAGGGAGAAUCACCCCCGAGCUCCUCACCAAGGGGAAAUUUGAAACAAAGCACGUGUCAGCUAUAGAGAAAAGCAAGGAGGGCUUGGCCAAAGCGAAGGACAUCCUGACCAGGCUGGGCGUGGAGCCGUCGCAUGAGGACUGCAUCGCAGUGCAGCACGUGUGCACCAUUGUCUCGUUCCGAUCGGCCAACCUGAUCGCCGCCACGCUGGGCGCCAUCCUCACUAAGCUGCGGGACAACAAGGGCGUGGCCCGCCUGCGUACCACCGUGGGCAUUGAUGGCUCCCUCUACAAGAUGCACCCCCAGUACUCCAGGCGCCUGCACAAGACGGUGCGCCGGCUGGUCCCCGACUCGGACGUGCGCUUCCUGCUCUCCGAGAGCGGCAGCGGGAAGGGCGCCGCCAUGGUGACGGCGGUGGCCUACCGGCUGGCGGAUCAGGCCCGGCAGAUCAAGCAGACUAUGGAUGAGUUCCGGCUGACCCAGGCCCAGCUGCUGGAGGUGAAGAAGAGGAUGAGGACAGAGAUAGAGAACGGGCUGGGCAAGAAGACCCAUGGGACCGCCACUGUCAAGAUGCUGCCCACCUUCGUGCGCAGCACUCCUGAUGGGACAGAACACGGAGACUUCUUAGCACUGGAUCUGGGAGGGACUAACUUCAGGGUGCUGCUGGUCAAAAUCCGCAGUGGCAAGAGACGCACAGUGGAGAUGCACAAUAAAAUAUAUGCCAUUCCCAUAGAAGUCAUGCAAGGAACUGGAGAGGAGCUGUUCGAUCACAUUGUCCACUGCAUCUCGGACUUCCUGGAUUACAUGGGGAUGAAGAACGCCCGCCUGCCUCUGGGGUUCACCUUUUCUUUCCCAUGCAAGCAGACCAGUCUAGACGCGGGAAUCCUUGUAAAUUGGACCAAAGGCUUCAAAGCAACCGACUGCGAGGGGGAGGACGUGGUGGGAUUGCUCCGCGAAGGCAUCAAGAGGCGAGAGGAGUUUGAUCUGGAUGUUGUGGCCAUAGUGAAUGACACUGUGGGGACGAUGAUGACGUGUGCGUAUGAGGAGCCGACGUGUGAGAUAGGUCUGAUUGCGGGAACGGGCAGUAAUGCGUGUUACAUGGAGGAGAUGAGGAACAUCGAGACAGUGGAGGGAGACCAGGGCCGCAUGUGCGUCAACAUGGAGUGGGGUGCAUUUGGAGACAACGGCUGUCUGGAUGACAUCAGGACCCAGUACGACCGGGCAGUGGACGAACUUUCGCUGAAUCCUGGGAAACAAAGAUAUGAAAAAAUGUGUAGUGGGAUGUACCUGGGAGAAAUUGUGCGGAACAUUUUGAUCGACCUGACAAAGAGGGGGUUCCUCUUCAGAGGUCAGAUUUCUGAGACGCUAAAGACCAGAGGCAUCUUUGAGACGAAGUUUCUGUCCCAGAUUGAGAGUGACCGCCUGGCCCUCCUCCAGGUCCGAGCCAUCCUGCAGCAGCUGGGCCUGGACAGCACGUGCGACGACAGUAUCGUCGUGAAGGAGGUGUGCGGCACGGUGUCUCGCCGAGCGGCGCAGAUCUGUGGGGCCGGGAUGGCCGCUGUCGUGGACAAGAUCCGUGAGAACCGGGGGCUGGACAAGCUGGACAUCACCGUGGGGGUUGACGGGACUCUCUACAAGCUGCAUCCACACUUCUCGAAGAUAAUGCACCAGACGGUGAAGGAGCUGGCCCCGAAGUGCAGCGUGAACUUCCUCCUGUCGGAAGACGGCAGCGGGAAAGGCGCGGCUCUGAUCACGGCCGUAGGCUGCCGCUUGCGGGAACAGGAGCAGCAGAAAUGAGCCGCCGAGCAGCCCAGAGCUCCCGGCAGCCCGGUCCUCAUCUUCCUGAACACUUUUCUUCUGCUGCAGCCUGCAGCCGUGACUCGCUGUGCAGCCCGAAGCAGCGCCGGCUCCGGCGGCACAGACAUGGCAGUCUCACGUAGGUCUGUUUCUGAGUCCACGCUGCUGCCUACCUCUGUCUUCAGGAUGGACACCCUUUAAAUAGUUCCGUUUUCUAACAAUAUGUGUUGAGUUAAAUAGACAUUUUAACAUUUUAAAACAAGCAUAGGUAUUUCUGUGGAAGUCAGCUCGGAACAAUCUUAUUUAACAAAAUUCCUGAGGAUGUAUUUAUUUUUAAACGGGUUUUAUUGUUAUUAUAAUUAAUUCUCUGUCUCAGUAGAACUGAAGCGAAAUGACCUCCCUCCUUUGAUGACCCUAUGACCCCUCACAUUGCUGAGUGAAAAAGGGGAUUUCCGUAUAAAAUUCUAGAUGUUUAUAUUACCUCAGAAUUUUAAGUUUUACUGAAGCUGGCAGUCUCAGUACGUGGGUGUGGGAAUAGGUGCAUAGUGUAGUGAAGGUCGUCCACCAGAGGGCGCUGUUUGUUCGAUGAUAAUUCUUUUUGUGUUCUGAAGACCUGCUCAUGGGUCAGAUGCACGAGUCACGGCUGCAUUUCUUUGUACUGUGGUACUGUUUCACUCUAUAUUUCCUACUUAAUCAGUUACUCAGUACCUGUUUCUUAUUAGAUAAAUGAUAUGCCCUCAGACCUGAACAAAGAUUUUUACCAAAAUCAUUUUGAGGUGCAUGAAGGUGUCUUGCAUUCACCUAAUCACUUCUCUGAAUAAAGCCAGAAUUGAAGUGUUCAGAAACCCGAAUCCAGUUGCAGUAUAUCUCGUUGCUUUUGUGAAUUAGAUGUAGUGUUAAAUCCCUGCUGUAUGUACUGUACAAAUAACCGGAAUGUGUAUUGGAGAGGAAAAGUGGUUGGCCCAUUUCAGUAUGCUUUAUGUGUACUGUGGUUGAAUGUUUGUGAGUCCUACUGUGAGUUGACCUGUAGCUAUAUAUGUCUAAAACUAUUAUGAAGAAUGCAUGCCUUAUUUGGUGACACAAAGGUAUAGAAUUCAUUUAUUUUGUACAUUGAUAUAGAUGCACUAGUGUCCAAAAAGUGAUAUGUGAAUACAUUAAAUUUUAUUUUGAUGUGCAUCAAAUAUGCUUAUAAAUGUCUCUUUUCUCCCCUUUAGUAUUCUUCUGUUCAUCUGCUACAUACAUAAAAACAUUUCAUUAGUCAGAAAGUGGAUAAUUUUCAUUGUAACACAAAAUGAUACAUUCAAUCACGAGUUCUUGUGGUAAUGUUCUGCUAUGGAAAUAAAAAAAGCAAAUGAAAGCUGUACAGUUAUAUACUGUAAGUGUCACAACAGCAGACAACCCAGGUUUUCUUGCUGCAGUGUCUUUCACAUCUGUUGGAAUUCGUAGUAACAUUAAUUACAGCUUUCAAUGGAAUGCUGAAAUUUGGAACAACCUGCAACAUGCUGAAAUUCCUAUAACAUGUGAAACAGUCACAUGCAGCCCACACACUCAGCCUUGCCACGGCCUUCCUCGUUUUGCCUCUGACCAACAGGCUAAACAGUGGCGUUUUCCACAUCCUCCUCUUCUUGGAGUGGUUUUUGUUAUCUUGCUUACUCUAAGCACUUCCUCACAAUAUGAUCAGAAGGCCCUUUUCAGGAAUUUGUGUUUCUGAAAUAACCUGGCUGGUAGCACAAGUUUUACUAUACAUCAAAUACUACAAAGAACCACAAAAUGAAACCUUUAAAAAUCAAAUGGCUGCCAAAAACAGCUUGACGUUGUGCUGCAAUUUCAAGUGAAAUGUUUCUAAACUCUGUAUCUAUUUGAGGUGAUGUCUUCAAGGAAAAAUAUGUUUAUUUUUACUGGUUUCACAGUACUGAUGCCAUUAGACCCACAUCUUCCACAAAAUGUAAACAUUAUAACAACGUACCUUUGGUUUCUACAGCUUUCGUAGACACAUAUUCAGACAUCCUCUGCAUUACACGUAACCCUUGAUUAUGUGGAUUAAUAUUUAAAUGAUGCACACAUCAAGAACAAACACCUUCUCCAUCUUUUUCUAAAUACGAUUAGAAGUAAGGGUAAUAAACACAGAAUAUUCCACAAUUCCAAUACUGUCUUUCUUCCACAGAACAAAAAAAAAGCUGUUAGAUAACUGUGAGAGAUACAGCAACUAUAGUGCACCAUAUUAACUAAAUGUACAGAACAUUUUGCUGUUAACGAUAAAAUGUUUUUUUUUUCUCAUGUGAAAGUACUACCAGCAAAACACAGUCUGGAGCUUGAUGUAUCAAUAUUGGGAAUUCGGGCUCAUUAUGGCCAUCUUCUAACAUUGUAAAAUACACUUAAACAUUAAAAAUGAAGAAAUGUGA